AUGGGGUCAAGUAUUUCUUGCAAAAGAGUAUUGGCAUCCACAUCAAACCCCCAAAACCUAAACAACGUCAUUCGAAUGGUGCAUCUAAACGGGCACGUCACGAUAUUAGACUACCCGGCCACAGUAGCCGAGGUCUCUGGUGAUCCGGCAAAGUACUUCCUCUUCACCCAAGCCCAGCUCCUUUCCAACAUCUCCAUGCCUCUCAAACCCGACACAGCCUUAGAGGCAGGCAAGAUAUAUUUCGUGCUUCCUCUUUCGUUUUUCGACUCUCACAUGUCCCCUGUGGACUUGGCGCCCGUCACCAAAAGGCUGGCCUCCCGAGCGCAAAAGUGCACGUACAAGCCGAAGAGCAGAGAUUGGAGCGUGGGGAGCCCAAAGGAGGCCGUAAAUGGUGACGGUCAAGUACAGGUGAAAAAGUCGAGCAAGUCGAAGAGCAGAGAUUGGAGCGUGGGGAGCCCAAAGGAGGCCGUAAAUGGUGACGGUCAAGUACAGGUGAAAAAGUCGAGCAAGUCGAGCAAGUCGAGGUCGUGGAGGCCAAUUCUUGAUACGAUUAGAGAGAUGUCUUUUAAUCGGGGGAUUGAGAGUGAUCAGUUGUGA